CAAAAACUUAAUAGUGAAUCAACAACAAUGGCAGUAAUGAGCCGGUCACGCACUGUAAUCUAUAUAGCCCUCGGAAUAUGUGCUGGGGCCUUGCUCAGCAUGCUCUGCGUACCGCUAGAAACUGGCUGUGGCGUUGACAGCUACGUCCACGUCGGAACGAAGAGAAAAACAAGCGCUGUCGACAUGAUCGAUUAUGGAACGGAUGAAAAUGGCAACCAGCUAAAUGACGAGGAUUUCGAACCAGUGCUGAUGACUGUAAACAGGCCAGUCGUUAAGAAGGAUAUCGAUCGACAGCGACUGAUUCGGAUGCGGUACAUCUCGUCGGAGCUUUCAAUCAAGGAGAAGUUGUUUGUAGGUGUGAUGGUCUCACGAGAGGAAAUUGAUCUGGAGUCCACGACGGUCGGCAUCAAUAAGACACUCAGUCAUUACGUCAGUAAGCUGGUGUUUUUCACCAAGACUAAUUCAGAGCAGUCGCUGAGCGGCAUGACGAUCAUCGCGUUUCCAGGGGAACAGGUCAACGUGAGAAUGUUCCAAAUUUGGAAGUACAUCUACGAGCAUCACGGCAGCGACUACGAUUGGUUCCUGGUCAUUCAGGAUGACACGUACAUCUACGGGGACGUCUUUAUGGAAUUCCUGGGCCACAUGAGUGUCGGGAGGGACCUGUAUAUGGGAAUUCCGAUUCACGAAGCCGAGAUGGAUGUCACGUUUUGUAGCAGGGAUGCAGGUUACAUGCUCUCCAGGAACCUUCUGGCCAAGGUGGGGCCGUACUGGGAGGACUGCAUGCGUAAAUCUUGGAACAAUGUCCCGGACCUAGAGUUUGGACGGUGCAUACAAGAGCACUCCAAUUCACACUGCUCCACCAAUUAUGAGGGUUCAACAUUUUACGCCUACGAUUUUGAAGACAAGGUUCUGACUGACAAGGAAAAGAACGAUGCUGAUUUCCAGCAAGCCUUGGCGAUACAUCACGUGAUGGACACGCGCACCAUGUACAAGCUCCACAAGUAUUUCUCCGAGCGAUCUCUGAGUCAGACUCUUAAACAGAUUGCUGAGCUCCAGCAAAACAUCGAAGAAAUCAGCGCGUACGCACCGGGCGGUAAAUCCAAACUAACAUGGCCAGUGGGAGUGAAGAGCCCCUUUAAAACGACGUCGCGAUUCGACGUGAUGGGUUGGGAAUACUUCUCUAUGACACACUUGUACGGCUUGGACGAUUACGAACCCAAGUCCCCCCUGAUUGGUGCAAACAAGCAGGACAUUGACGAGAUACUCACUACGACAAUGGCGCGCUUGAACGAGCUCCAUGGGAACAUCUACAUGCUCGGCCGACUCGUGAAUGGGUACCGGCGAUUUGACCCCAACCGUGGGAUGGAGUACACCCUUGAUAUGGAGCUCAAGCUUCACGGCGACAAGCGGGAAAUUCUCAAGCGAGUCCACUUACUCAGACCCCUCAACAAGGUUGAGAUUGUCUUCAUGCCUUACGUCACUGAGUACACUCAAGUCACGAUCAUCGUUCCCGUGGUAUCUGGUAGCCAGGAGCAGGUCCGAGUCUUCCUUGACAACUACGCCAGAAUCUGUCUGGAGACUCGCGACAAAUCGGCCGUCAUGCUGAUCUUCGUUUACACGCCAACGGAGGCGAUGACGAUGGCCACCGAAGAUAUCUACAGCGCGAAUAAAGGCUACGUCUCCUACCUGGAGCGUAAGUACCCCGGCUCCCAUCUGUCCUGGAUCAGUGUCAAGACGAGCCUUCCCUCACCCAUCGCCAUCAUGGACGUUGUCUCCAAGAAGUUUGCUUCGGACACCCUCUUCCUCUUCACCAACGCCAACAUGGAGAUAGCUGCGGAGUUCCUGAACCGUGUCCGCAUGAACACCAUCGCUGGAUGGCAGGUCUUUUUCCCAAUUCCCUUCUCCCAGUACGACCCUAAAAUCAUCUACGCUGAUUUGCCAAACCCCAACCGCAUAGACAUUUCCAAAACCGCUGGUCACUUUGACACCUACCUUUUCGAGCACGCCAGCUUCUACAACUCGGACUACAUGAACGCCAGGAAACUCUGGGACGAGAAGCACCCGGGAAGCGAAACUGACCACAUCCAGUCAGAUCUGGACCUCUUUGAGAUGUUUCUGAGUACCAAACUGCACACCUUCCGAGCCGUGGACCCCGCCCUGAAGCUGCACUACCACCAACGGAUUUGCCAACCCUCUCUUAAGGAGGAGCAGUACCAGAGAUGCUUGGAAGGCCGGGCGGUGGGCCUUGCCUCUAAAGCCCAGCUCGCAAUGCUGGUCCUAGAACAACAGCAAAAACUAGCUGCUGAGAAAGGAAAUAUCUGAAGCAAACGCAGCUCGAUAUUCUUUUAUCUGGUUUUAGAUUUCACAUGCAUCAUUUGAAGCUUUUCUUUGGUAUUGCCAAUGUAUGGUGCUGGCCAGGGUCCAUCUUCAUAGAAAACAAUAAUGCAAACGUGAGCAGAAAGUUAUAAUAUAGGCCUAUGCUGGUGCGAGUACCACUUUCUGCAAGCACAGAUUCUUUUGCUAAAAAAGUUGUGUACUUACAAGUGCCUCACUUCACUAAGGCCCUAGACAGUGAGGUAGCAAGGUCAUUUUGAUUGAGGGGGGGAGGGGGGAAUUAUCUCCAUAUGGGGUUUCUUUUGAAAGCCGACGAUCAUGGGCACUAUUGGACAAUAGGUGGCGUUAUUCAGAGCGGUGUUAAAAAAAAAAGGGCACGCGUUAAAAAAGGGCAUUUGUGGAAAAAAGAGUACUUGUGAAAACAAUAUUGUGGGGGGAGGGGGAAAUAGCCGUUAUCCCCAUGGUGGCUACACCACUGCUACAAUGUUUUUCAUUUACAUUGACUUGACAUGUCAAUACCUAAAGUCAGACUUGCAAUCUGGGAUUUCUUGGACAAUUUACAGAGGUUGGCUAAUGUUGCCAUGUUUUUGGAUAUUUUUUUGGGUAGUCUUGGGAACUACAGGGUUACAAUUGUGCAGCUGCCAAUUUUUUUGGCCUGAAUACAUUGCUGAGGCUGGACCAAAAGAGGCUUGCAAACAAAUAAGUCUGGUGCUUUUAAGGUGGCGAUCCACAUGAUGUUAAUAGCUAGUAUGUCCUUAGGGAACGGGACAAGAAGUAAUUUUUGAAAUAUUCUGCUGCAGGUAGUGUAUGUGUUUUUUGUUUUGUUUACAUAUUGUAUAUUAUAUGUAAGAUCUUUUUGAAGGAAGUUAUUGCAAUAAAUACAAUAUCACUCGUCAGUAAUCAAAAUUUCCUGAAAACAUGAAUUCUUCAGAACCAGCCAGAACAGUUGUAAAGUUGAACUAUGCCCUGAAGUAAACAUUCCUUUUUGGGGAAUUGUAUUAAUUCACACAAUGUACAAAUUAACUUGCAUUUUUGAUAUUUCAAAUAUUAUUUACAUUGAAGUACACGUAGUACAUUUUUCAUUGAGCAAGAGUGGAUCGAUGGACAAGCAAUACUUUGAUAUCUUAAAUAAUGACAAUAUUAAAAUGUGAUAUUUGUUUUUGGACAAAAAUAUAAUGAUUGUUUAAAUGAAAACUAGGGAUGAAAAAUCAUGAAUUAUAAUUGAAUUUUUUCAAUUUUUUGCCAUACUUGUGCCAACGACUAAAAUCAAGUUGUCUCCCACGAGAUCAAGAUUUUAAGUAAUUAAAUCAAGAUAUUCAAAUUAAUUAAAUUAAUUAGAUCAAUUAAUUAUUCUCAGAAGAUAGAGUACUUCAAAUAUCAUGUGAAAAUAAUGAUUGUUAAAUAAUGAUACCUUUGUGUACAAUAACGCAUGUAAAAGAUGGCUUACAAUUUUCAUAUAAGAGCAGGGUUUUUAUUCUUUCAUUGAAGGAAUUUUUGGCUACCUUAUGCAAAUUAACAUUUAAUUUUUUGUUUUAAGUAUUACUGCCGUACACGGUACAGUGGUACACAUGUAGCAAUAUUUUCAUGUAUUUAAACUAAACAAAAAUACAAAUACAUGUAUCUUUGUUUUGGCGCAUUUUUUUUAUGUUUCGAUUUGAGGAGGAAAAAGGAAUAAAUAACUUAUUCGCUUCCAA